CAAGAGCAGGAAGUUGAGAUGCUAAAGUUCACUCAGUAUCCUCUCUCUCACCCACACUGAAACGGCCUUCCGCUUUCAUUCGCUCUAAAAAUGCUUCUUCACACUCCAUCAUCGCCACGUCUCUCACUCAAGAUUAUCAAAGCUCAAUCAAAACCAGAUAAUGUUCUGCUUCUCUCGGCUUUUAAGUCUUUGGUUUACAACCAGAGAUUUGAUAGGUCCAUUUCCUUAUUACGUGGAAACACCAUUUCCAGUUCAUUCACUAGAAAUGCUGCUUCUACUGAAGCUGGUGCUUCUGUAAUGUCCACUGAGACGGCUGAGACUGAUGUAUUAAAAGCCUUGUCACAAAUUAUCGAUCCAGAUUUUGGAACAGAUAUUGUCUCAUGUGGUUUCGUGAAAGAUCUCCAAAUUGAUGAGGCUUUAGGAGAGGUUUCUUUCCGGUUAGAGCUCACUACACCAGCAUGUCCAGUCAAGGACAUGUUUGAACAGAGGGCAAAUGAGGAAGUAGCAGCACUUCCUUGGGUUAAAAAUGUAAAAGUGACAAUGUCAGCACAACCGGCAAAGCCUAUUUAUGCUGGCGAACUUCCACCUGGUUUGCAGAGAAUCUCAAACAUUGUGGCAGUUUCUAGUUGCAAGGGUGGUGUAGGGAAAUCAACUGUAGCUGUAAAUCUAGCGUAUACUUUGGCUGAUAUGGGUGCUAGAGUUGGUAUUUUUGAUGCUGAUGUUUAUGGACCAAGUUUGCCCACUAUGGUUUCUCCUGAAAACAGACUGCUAGAAAUGAAUCCAGAGACGAGAAGCAUUCUUCCAACUGAAUACUUGGGAGUCAAGUUGGUAUCUUUUGGAUUUGCAGGACAGGGUCGUGCCAUAAUGCGAGGUCCAAUGGUUUCUGGUGUCAUUAGUCAGCUACUGACUACUGCUGAAUGGGGUGAGUUGGAUUACCUAGUUAUUGACAUGCCCCCUGGAACCGGUGACAUUCAACUCACUCUUUGUCAGGUGGUCCCAUUAACUGCUGCUGUUAUUGUAACCACACCUCAAAAAUUAGCUUUCAUUGAUGUUGCUAAAGGAGUUCGUAUGUUUUCAAAACUUAAGGUGCCCUGUGUUGCCGUGGUUGAGAACAUGUGCCACUUUGAUGCUGAUGGAAAACGUUAUUAUCCAUUUGGCAGAGGUUCAGGUUCUCAGGUUGUCCAGCAGUUUGGAAUUCCUCACUUGUUUGAUCUUCCCAUUAGACCAACACUAUCAGCUUCAGGAGAUAGUGGGAUACCUGAAGCGGUGGCUGAUCCUCAAGGUGAAGUCGCAAAGACAUUUCAGGAUCUUGGGGUCUGCGUGGUGCAACAGUGUGCCAAGAUCCGGCAACAAGUAUCAACAGCUGUUACUUAUGAUAGAACGAUCCGAGCAAUCAGGGUGAAGGUACCUGAUUCUGAUGAAGAGUUCCUUUUGCAUCCUGCAACCGUGAGGCGAAAUGACCGCUCUGCCCAGAGUGUGGAUGAAUGGACAGGUGAGCAAAAACUGCAAUACGCUGAUAUUCCGGAAGAUAUACAACCCGAGGAAAUCAAGCCCAUGGGAAACUAUGCUGUGACAAUCACCUGGCCCGACGGAUUUAACCAGAUUGCUCCUUAUGAUCAACUGCAAAUGUUGGAAAGGUUAGUUGAUGUUCCUGAGCUAACUCCUGCACAGGCAGUGUAGAGUUCAAGCAAAUUUGAAGAUUAGGCUAUGAGAAAUCAAGAUUGUUAAAUUAAAAGCAUACCACUUUGGAUGAAGUUAGUGAUAGAAAUCCCCUUUUUUUCCGGUUAUUCUGUAUGUAAUAUUGUGAGCUUGUAAUGUAAUUGAUGCUUAAAAGCAGUUGAAAUAGUGAAAUAUUGUAUCAAUUAUCAUGCAUGUAAAAUUAGAGAAAGUAUUUUGUUCUAUGAUCAUAGCAUGUGGUGGAGAAAAUCAAUAUCCACCGAUUUCUUCGCCAAUCUUGGUAA